AUGCUUUUAUCAAUUUGCAAAGCUUUCAAUGAUGUGCAAACAACAACAUCAAGGGAUUUGUAUAAGUUUUCUAAAUGGCAAGCUCCACCAGAUGAGUAUCUCAAAGUAAAUGUAAAUGGUGCAGUUUUUGCUGAUUUCAGGAAAGCUAGAGUGGGGAUAGUCCUACGAGAUAUGAGUGGAGGAAUUGUGAUGGCUGCAAGCAAGAAUGAAGAGGAAGUGGAUGAGGAGUUGCACUCAACAGAAGAGUCAUUUGCAAGUGCUGGUAAUUUGAUCAAUGAAGCCAAGAAUUUAAUGAGGCAUUUCCCGGAAGUUCAAGUUCAACAUGUAAACAGGAUAGGAAAUGGGGUAGCACACUCUCUAGCUAGAUAUGCUUGGAACGUUGUUGAUAUUAAUAUUUGGUGGGAUCAGAUCCCUUCUUUUGUUAGUCAUGCAUUAUGGUUUGAUACCAAUUGA